UUCUUCUUUCAUUUCCAUGGUUUUUUUUUUAACAGUACAAAAGCAUCUUCCUUUUCUCUCUCUUUCUUUAUUUGUCCAACAGAUAAAGAAUUCAUAAACACAUUUCUACCAAAUAGCUACAAAAAUUUUCACGAAUUCACAUUUCCACUAGAAAUCUUAAUCCCCUGAGCUCAAUUAUCAUAUAUACACAAACUUUCUCUCUUUUCUUCUUUCUUCAACAUUAUACUAAGGAAUUCAGGAAACACGAGAACACUAUCAAAAGCUAGAAUUUUGGUUAGUUUUCAUUCUUGGUGUUUGUUAAAAACUACCAAGAAUGAAACCUCAACAGAAGAAGAAACUAGAGUUUCUUGUGUUCCUAGUUACCACCAUUGUCUUGUUUGAGUCUUGGUCUAUUGUGAACUCAGAUCUAACAUCAGAUAGAAUUGCUCUUGAAGCUCUACGCAAAGCAGUUGGUGGGCGAUCUCUUCUUUGGAACAUCUCCAAUGGCAAUCCUUGUACUUGGGUUGGUGUGUUUUGUGAAAGGAACAGAGUUGUUGAGUUAAGGUUGCCUGCUAUGGGUCUUUCUGGUCGGCUUCCUCUGGGUCUUGGCAACUUAACUGAGUUGCAAUCUCUUUCUCUUCGUUUCAAUGCACUUUCUGGUCCAAUUCCUGCUGAUAUAGGGAAUCUUGCUUCUCUUCGAAAUCUUUACUUGCAAGGGAACUUGUUUUCUGGUGAGAUUCCUGAGUUCUUGUUCAAUUUGCAGAAUUUGAUAAGGCUUAAUUUGGCUCAUAAUAAAUUUUCUGGUGUUAUUUCGCCGAGUUUUAAUAAACUGACUAGGCUUGGAACUUUGUAUUUGGAAGAGAAUCAACUCAAUGGUUCUAUUCCUGAGUUGAACUUGAAUUCGCUUGAUCAAUUCAAUGUCUCUUUCAACAAUUUAAGUGGACCGAUUCCUGAAAAGUUAUCUGGUAAGCCUGCAAAUUCCUUUCUUGGGAAUACACUCUGUGGGAAACCUUUGAUACCCUGUAAUGGCACUUCAAGUGGUGGUGAUGAUGACGAUGAUAAUAAAUUGUCCGGUGGAGCAAUUGCUGGGAUUGUGAUUGGUUGUGUUAUUGGGUUGCUGUUAAUUUUAUUGAUUUUGAUCUUCUUGUGUCGGAAAAAGAGAACCAAAGAAGGUGGCGUUAAAGAUACUGGGGAGCCAAAGCAUGGAGAAGCUGAGAUUCCCCGCGAAAAGGCAGUGGCUCAGAGUGGUGGUAAUGUGAGCACAGGGUUUGCUGGGACAGUGACGUCAGCGGUGGCUAAAGGUGAAGCUAAGAGUAGCGGGGCUAAGAGUUUGGUGUUCUUUGGAAACACUCCAAGAGUGUUUGAUUUGGAGGACUUGCUGAGAGCAUCUGCAGAGGUUCUUGGGAAGGGGACUUUUGGGACAACUUACAAGGCAACUUUAGAGAUGGGAGUGGCAGUGGCAGUGAAAAGGCUGAAGGAUGUGACUGUAUCUGAGAGAGAGUUCAGAGAGAAGAUUGAGGCUGUUGGGAAAAUAAAUCAUGAGAAUUUGGUCCCAUUGAGGGGUUAUUAUUAUAACAAGGAUGAAAAGCUUCUUGUUUAUGAUUACAUGCCCAUGGGAAGCUUGUCUGCACUUUUACAUGGAAAUAGAGGGGCUGGUAGGACUCCAUUGAAUUGGGAGACUAGGUCUAGUAUUGCCCUUGGAGCUGCCAGAGCAGUUGCACACCUUCACUCACAAGGCCAAGCAACUUCUCAUGGAAACAUCAAGUCAUCAAAUAUUCUUCUUACUACAUCCUUUGAAGCCCGUGUCUCCGACUUCGGCCUCGCACAUCUUGCAGGACCCACCCCGACUCCCAACCGUAUUGAUGGCUAUCGAGCUCCUGAGGUGACAGAUGCUCGCAAAGUAUCCCAAAAAGCAGAUGUCUACAGCUUUGGUAUACUGCUCUUGGAACUGCUUACAGGAAAGGCUCCCACCCAUUCGCACUUGAAUGACGAGGGAGUAGACCUUCCAAGAUGGGUUCAAUCUGUGGUUAAAGAUGAAUGGACUUCAGAGGUAUUCGAUCUCGAGCUUCUCCGGUACCAAAACGUAGAGGACGAGAUGGUUCAGCUGUUGCAGCUAGCAAUCAAUUGCACUGCUCAGUAUCCUGAUAAUCGCCCUUCAAUGGCUGAGGUGAAAAAUCAAAUUGAGGAGCUUUGCCGUUCGAGCUCACAGGACACACGUCUUGACGUUGAAGAUGACAAGUCCUCCCAGCAGACAUUCUCAGUUCAUUCAGGUGCACCAUCAUCUACGUAAAUGUCUAAAGAAAGAUCACCAAUGGGUCAUGGUUUUCCCAAUUUUUAAUACAUUUAUUAUUCUGCUGCUUCAAUUGUUUGUUUAUUCUUGGGGUUCGUCUUUGAGAACAAAUUGUGCAUGUUCUUCAUUUUGGCUUCUUUUUCUUUUCUCCCUUUACUCUUGUCCAUUUUAUUUUAUUUACUCCUUUUCCGUAGCAGAGAUUUACUUUUGCACAUGUAAUUAUACCUUUCAUGUUAUAUGUGAAAGAUAGAUACCAACAUUAUUAUUUUCA